AUGCUGUCGCAUCUCAUCACGAUCAGCUUUCUUCGAAUCCUUCACUUCUUUGUUGUGCUCUUGCAGUCCAAUAGGAGCUGCUGCUCGCGAAUUCCUGGAUCCAGGCUGCCAGAUUAUCACUUGGCAAAAUACAUCACUCUCGUCACUCAAAACAUUACCGGAAGUUGGGCCGAGGAGUUUCGAAGCAAGAUCACCUAUACACCGGCAGAACCCGCGAAAAAGAACAAGAUCGAGACGUUCCAGUUCACCCAAACGGGCCACGUGGCUUUGCAGCUGCUGGAAAAGGACUCUGCGGUGCCGACGAAGAAGGAGCCCAGCGCGAGUGGUGAGACUCCAGCAACGGUGGAGGCCGGCGCUGCGCCAUUGGCGCCCGCCAACAACAAUGACAUCCCGGCCGUGACGGCGGCAAGGAAAAUCUUCAACUACUUGUCCCAAACCAAUUGGAUCGCGCGCACCGCCAAGGGGUUCAAUAAGGUUGAGCCCAACGAGUUGGACACGGCCGAUCUGAUAGUUAUGUUCAAGCACGCCAAGCAGCUCGUCAUCGGACAGCGCGGCGUGGUCCGGUUGACGGGCCCCGUCUGGGUGAUCGGCGACCUGAAUGGGGGAUCACUGGGCUUUAUAACCACCUGGCGUCUGUUCCAAGCCUAUGCGACAAUGGCCGAGCCGGGGACAAAGUUGCUGUUCCUGGGAAAUCUGGGCUCUCCCCAGGGCGCAGCGGGCGGCGCCCUGCCCAUCAUCUCACUCGUCGUCUCUGCCAUGGUCCUCUACCCUGACAAGGUCUUCUACCUGUGUGGAUCGUUCGAGGAGCCGAGGAAUGGAAGAGAAUUGCAGCUGACUGCCUUCGCUACCACCGGGAACGAAGAAGAUGCUGCAAAUACGGUCAUCUACGAAUUCUUUGCGCAGCUGCCUCUCUUUGCGACGAUUGACGAGCGGAUCCUGGCGAUGCACGGUGGCCCUUGUCCCGAGCUGAAGAAGAGCCUGUUGAAGCGCGGCUUCGACCCCAGCGACGCGAAGAUGAAAAAACUGCGCGCCACAACCCUUCAGAGUGCUCCUAACUGGUCCGCGAAAAAAUUUGAGAAGAAACGGGAUGGUCAGCCGGGCUACCUGUUCGGCAAGCAAGCUGUUGACGCCACUCGCAGAAAGCAUCGAAUCGCCUACAUCGUCCGGGGCAGCGAGCAUCAUUACUUUGGCUUCCUCGGUGCGCUGAAAUAUGAUGGAAACGGCUCCUUUACCAUGCUCCACCUCAUCACCUACCCGGAUUUCUACAAAUCGAUCGGCGAAUUUUGCAGUCGCUACGACAACGCUCUCGGGGUGGAUUCGGUGUUCUCGGACACGAACACUCCGCCCGACGAGCCCGUGGCUGAGCCGAAGUCGCAGGCGGAGACGCCGACUGCCGAUGCCACGACGCAGGAGACGACCGCGCCCACCAGCACGGCCCAGACGCCGCCGGCUGACUCGAAGCCCGCCGCUAAGGUUGGA